AUGAUUCUCGGGACCGACGCACCUUCGCCCCUUACUUUCAACCAUCAUCACUGCAAGGCGAUUAUGAGCCCUGCGACUGCCUCUACGUCGACCACGUCGAUACUCUACGACCUUGACGCUCUCGACGCCGCGGACGCUCGCGCGUGGCAUUCCUCCAGGCUUGCACGCGUAGCGGUGCCCGCCAGUGAUGCCCUACAGAGGUACUGGGAGAUAGCACGCGAUCCACAGCGUUCAGGGGAGCUGUACGGCGACGCGGGGAUCCGGGGGAAGUUCCCCGCUAACGACGGGGAGAUACAAAACAACUUAGCGGACACUUUAGAGACCUAUCAAGCCUUCUCCCCUUGUCCGGUGGACGUCUUCGACUCGGUGAAGGCUGUACUCAUUCGCAGAGAAUACGAAGCUGCAUGGAGGGACUUGGAGAGCUCAUUCGUCGCCGGUCGGAAGAUCUUCGAUCCUGCGGAGGUUGCGACGCGUCAUGCAGGACAUCCGAUCCCCGCGGCGGUCGCGCCAUACAGAAGGGCGUACACCGUGACGGGAUGCUCGGGAAUAGGCAAGACGCUGUUCCUCGCUCUCGCCCUUCUCCGCUGUCUGGAGCGUCACUGGACCGUGGUUCUCCAGGUGGAUCCUGCCUUCCUGCACGUCUUCAACUCGUGCGGUGUCUUCAAAUUACGCCGCUCGGACGUAGAAAGAGCCGAGCUGCGCUACGCACUCCCUAAUGCGACGUGGUGUCUUGUGGAUUCGAACGAAGCUCUUGAAAGUGUUCCGCAACAUAUAAUCGAUCUCGUCCUGUUCAUCGUUCAAGCAGCAUCUCCGGAGGCGCGGCGGACCGCCUGGCAGACGAAAACUACAAUGAUCACAAAUUACUAUGUUAUGCGCCCUAUGAGCGUUGAGGAGGCGCAGCUGGCGUGCGCAUCGUUUACCCUCGUGUCGCACGGAGUCCCGAGACUGAUCUUCCUCAGGUUUUCUGUGCAAUGCGGCGCUGGCGAACAUAUGGCGGCGCCCGACGCCAGGAAAUCCUCGGAGAUAAUCCGCGAAUAUUUCGAUAAAUAUGGACCCGAUACGCCGCUGGCUUUUCAGGCGGCGAUGCGAAGAGGGAGCUGGGAGGACGGCCCAGCGGCGCGAUUAGACGGCGCUAUAGCAGAACGCAACACUGCGAAGGUCGUCGGCGCACUCGCCGGUAUUGCUUUCCGCGAACGCAACGGUACUGCUUUCCGCGAACUCAACAGUGCUGCUUCCCGCAAACCCGACGGUGCUGCAAAGCUCCAGAAGAUCUUUUACCGGGCUAGGCUUUUGCGAGUGGACGACGAUGCCGCGUACGCGCUCCUCGUUGUGCACCCCGGCGAGACCCGCAGGUGCGCGCAGGUCGACUUCGCUUCUGCGCAUGUUCGUGGGCGGUGUUUGGAGGCUUUUCCGGGGCUCGACGUCUGACUUGGGUAGAGGAUGUGCGCGACGGAGAGGGUGCGCGCUUGACCAGAGAGGAUACGCGCUUGACGAGAGAGGCUGCGCGCUUGACGAGAGAGGAUGCGCGCUUGACGAGAGGAUGCGCGCUCGGUGCAUCGACCCAGGCGAGGGACUGCGUCUUACUGGAGAAUCUGCCACCCUCAAUGUAGUGGUCGGGACAAUGUGACCACGCCACCGUUUUCUGGCUCCGC